AUGCGCUGCACCUUCCACACCACCUCCGAUGGAUCCACACGGUUCAAGUGGGCCAUCGCUGAGCAAGUGGCGAGCCUUACGGACAUGAAGCCCGAGCAGGCGCUCUCGGCCGUUGAGAUUCCCAAGAAGGAGGGAGUGGCUGAUUUCGCCCUGUGCGUGGCCAAGCUCAACCGGUAUACCAAGCUCAAGGGCAAGCCGCAGGAUGUGGCCGUGGAGUGGGCGGGCAAGUUCACUGCCACACCCCUGCUGACUAGCGCCAAGGCCGACGGUCCCUACAUCAACUACGUUGUGGAUAAGAUUCCGCUUGCCGAGGAAGUUUUGAAGAUCGUGUACGGAUCGAAUGACCAAUGGGGCAAUUCGGCAGAUGGCAACGGCAGGACGAUUGUUGUUGAGUACAGCUCGCCCAACAUCGCCAAGCCGUUCCACUUCGGUCACUUGAGGUCGACCAUGAUCGGUAAUUUCUUGCGUAAUCUCUACAAAGCCCUGGGCUACAACGUCGUGGGAAUCAACUACCUGGGCGAUUGGGGAAAGCAGUAUGGUCUGCUGGCUGUCGGCUUCAGCAAGUACGGUUCCGAGGAGGAACUGGUGAAGAACCCUAUUCGUCACCUGUACGACGUGUAUGUGCAGAUCAACAAGGAAGCCGAUGACAACGAGGAAGUCGGCAAGGUCAUUCACGACCAGGCCCGUUCCUACUUCAGGAAGAUGGAGGAUGGCGACCCUGACGCCCUCGCUCUGUGGAAGAGGUUCCGCGAUCUGUCUAUCGACGAGUACAAGCUGCUCUACAAGCGUCUCAAUGUGGAGUUCGACGUUUAUUCUGGCGAGUCCAUGUUCAGCGAGGGAAUGGUGGAGGCCGUGAACCUCAUGCAGGAGAAGGGUCUCCUUCAGGAGGACAACGGCGCCCUGGUCUGCGAUCUGACGAAAUACAAGCUCGGCAAGAUCGUCAUCAAGAAGUCCGAUGGCACCACCCUCUACAUCACUCGUGAUAUUGCGGCGGCCAUCUGGCGUCAUAGGACGUAUGGCUUCGAGAAGAUGUUCUACGUCGUCGGCUCGCAGCAGAACCUCCACUUCCAGCAGCUCUUCAAGAUCCUCGACCUCAUGGGCUUCGAUUGGGCCAAGAAGUGCAACCACAUCAACUUUGGCAUGAUCACCGGCAUGUCCACCCGUAAGGGAACGGCCAAGUUCCUUUCCGACAUCCUCGAGGCUGCUCAGGAGCAGAUGCUCGACAGGAUGAAGGCCAACGAGGCGAAGAUGAGCGAGAUCACCGAUCCCGAGAAGACCGCUGAUGUCGUCGGCGUCUCUGCUGUCGUCGUCCAGGACUUCAGCGCGAAGCGUGUCAAGGACUACGGGUUCAACCUGGAGCGGGCAACCGCCGCCGAAGGCGACACUGGCCCCUAUCUCCAGUACGCUCAUGCUCGUCUCUCCUCGAUGGAGCGUAAGAACGACGUCAAGAUCUCCGACGCCAUCAACUUCCAGCUCCUGAACGACAAGGAGGCCCUCGACCUCAUGAUGAAGCUUGCUCGUCUGCCCGAGGUUGUCAGGCGCACCUCCGAGGAGAACGAGCCCUGCACCCUCGUCACUUACCUCAUGGAUCUGUGCCACUCCAUCUCGGCGGCGCACAGGGUCUUGUGGGUGAUGGGUCGGGAGCAGGACGUGGCAGAGGCGCGCAUGUUGCUCUUCUGGGCCGCCCGUAAGACGCUCGAGAACGGCCUCAAGAUUUUGGGUCUCGCUCCUCUCCAGAGGAUGUAA